AUGGCUGACCCCAAGGAGCCUGCGAAGGGGGGUGUUGAGAUGGGCACCCCUAACGCUGCUCCCCCCACAGGGACCAUGUCCACCCGGCGCCUCCGCAGCGAGGACUACAACGACUACAGCUCCACGGAUGUCACACCAGAGGGGAGCCCGCCCGGGGGCAUCAAUGGGUUUGCUCAUCCCGAGUCCUACCAGCGCUUCGGGGAGACCAACGGGACAACGUGGUACCAGACCCUGAUCCAUCUCCUGAAGGGGAAUGUUGGCACGGGGCUGCUGGGGCUGCCUCUGGCUGUGAAGAAUGCCGGCAUCCUGCUGGGUCCUCUGAGCCUGCUGGUGAUGGGGGUCGUGGCUGUGCACUGCAUGGGCAUCCUUGUGAAAUGCGCCCAUCACUUCUGCUACAGGUUCCAGAAGCAGUUUGUGGACUACGGGGGUGCCAUGAUGUAUGGGCUGGAGUCAACCCCCAGCGCAUGGCUGCGGACACAUGCCAUCUGGGGAAGGCGCUUAGUGGGACUUUUCCUGAUCAUCACCCAGCUGGGUUUCUGCUGCGUGUACUUUGUCUUUCUGGCUGACAAUCUGAAGCAGGUCAUAUCUGCAGCAAAUGGGACCACCAAUGACUGCAGCUUGAACAGAACAGUGGCCAUGACCCCCACCAUGGACUCCCGGCUGUACAUGCUGUCCCUCCUGCCUUUCGUGGUGCUGCUCACGUUCAUCCAGAAUCUCAAAGUCCUGUCCAUCUUCUCCAUGCUGGCCAACGUGGCCAUGCUCGGCAGCCUCAUCGUGAUCUACCAGUACAUUGUCAGGGACAUUCCUGAUCCCAGUGGCCUGCCUCUAGCAGCAGCCUGGAAGACUUACCCUCUAUUUUUUGGCACUGCGAUCUUUGCUUUUGAAGGCAUCGGGGUGGUUCUGCCUCUGGAAAACAAGAUGAAGAACCCCCGGCAGUUCCCAGUCAUCCUCUAUGUGGGGAUGACCAUUGUCACCAUCUUGUACAUCAGCCUGAGCGUCCUGGGGUACCUGCGCUUCGGGGCGGACAUUCAGGCCAGCAUAACACUCAACCUGCCCAACUGCUGGCUGUACCAAGCUGUCAAGCUGCUCUUCUCCUUUGGGAUUUUCAUCACCUACGCUGUGCAGUUCUAUGUGCCCGCUGAGAUCAUCAUUCCUCCCCUCGUCGCCCGGGUGUCGGAGCGCUGGGGCUGGCUGGUCAACCUGCUCCUCAGGGUGGCCCUGGUUGGCGUGACCUGCGUCCUGGCCAUCCUCAUCCCGCGCCUGGACAUCGUCAUCUCACUGGUGGGCUCCGUCAGCAGCAGCGCCCUGGCUCUCAUCUUCCCCCCGCUGCUGGAGAUCGCCACCUACUACUCCGAAGGGAUGCACCCCCUCGUCAUCGCCAAGGACGUCGCCAUCAGCCUCUUCGGCUUCGUGGGCUUCGUGGUGGGGACGUACGAGGCGCUGGUGGAGCUGGCAGCGCCCGCGGCCACCGUGGUGAACGCCACCAGUGCCGUGGUGCAGUGA